UUCCAGGUUUUGAGGUUAUAUUGGAAUUGCAUCUGGCUUUUAAACGAAGUCUAGAACGUGGCCUGUUGAAUUUUCGAAAGUACCUUCCAAUUUUCAUCGUGUACAUAUAUAUUUUGACUCAAUUUUGAGGCUUCGUCGAUUUUCUCUCUUCCAAAAUGACUCGUGGUACAAAGAAAGUUGGAAUCACCGGAAAGUACGGAACUCGGUAUGGUGCCAGUUUGCGUAAGCAAGUGAAGAAAAUCGAAAUCACACAGCACUCAAAAUAUACCUGCUCUUUUUGUGGAAAACAAAGUAUGCGUAGGAGCUGUGUUGGGAUCUGGUCAUGCGACAGAUGCAGGAGGACAGUCGCUGGGGGAGCCUAUGUGUAUGCCACAACUGCUGCCACCUCAGUCAGAUCAGCUAUCAGGCGGUUAAGAGAAAUUCAUAAUGUAUAAUUUUAGUCUUUAAGUUACUUUUAAUAAAAAACAGAAAAUCACACAACCAAAA